CUUAGAGGUUUUUUUUUUUUUUUUUUAAAUUUUUUUUUGUGUUCGGUGCUGGGAAGAGGCUGUAUGUGAGGGAAAGCUGAGGCCAGUACAUUAUUCCCUUUCUCUGUGGGGUAGUUUGAGCUGAGAUACUUUUGCGGGAUGGCUUUCUUCCUACCUGUCAAGAUAAAGAUGCCCCCCUUUUAUGUUUUCAGCUCUGCUAACAAGUGUAAAAAUGCCACUGACGAUACACUGAAACCAAGGCAUCAUGUUUUGUUCUCUGGGGAAGGGAAAUCCCGUCGCCAGCUUCUUUUAGGAUGUAGUAGAACCCCAAUUGUAUGGUUCAUAGCACUAAACAGUUGCAGCUUUGGUUUGUCACCAGCUUGGGCUGGAGAAGAAGAAUCAAAGGCACAAGAUAAAGGGGGUGUCAUUGGGGCAUUCAAGUCAUUGUUCGACUCAAAAGAGAGAACCAAAUCCGGGAAAGUCUUGCCGAAGGCCUACUUGAAGUCAGUGAAAGAAGUGGUUAGGACACUGCGCGAAUCCUUAAGGGAGGAUCCCAAUGACAUGUCCAAGUUCAGGAGGACGGCCGAUGCUGCAAGGGAGUCGAUUAGAGGAUUCCUGGGUGGGUGGAGAGGAGAGAAAACCGUUGUCCACGAGGAAUCGUACGAGAUGUUGGAGAUAGCAAUAAGACGUUUAGCCAACUUUUACUCGCAGGCUGGCCCUUCUGCACCCCUUCCUGAGAAUAUUAAAGCCGAUAUCUUAAACGAUCUGAAGAAAGUAGAAGAUUAUUUGUAACAAAAUGAGCGUUCACGUAAGAUACUGUAAAUGAAAAAUCAUUACUUUGACUGAAAUUUCUUGUAAAAACAUUAUUUUGGUCUAAAUUUUCCGAAAUACUACCAAAACGUAUCACAGAUUGCUCUUAUUUAAAUGG